AGCUUUCUUAUAUUUCUUAUCUUGUUUAUUUUUGCACAUUCCAUAUUAGCAAUCGACGAAGUAAAGUUGCAUUUAUCAAAAUAAAAAUGAAUAUUGAUACAAUAGACUUUGCAAAUAUAAAAUUGUCAGAUGAGAUCGGAGAAGGAACAUUUGGAAAAGUAUAUAAGGCGCAAUGGCGUAAUAAAUGUGUUGCUGUAAAAAGGAUUUAUCUGAACGUAAACGAGGAAUAUGUUGAAAGGGAGUUCAAACAACUUUCCCGUGCAAACCAUAUUAAUAUCAUAUUCCUACAUGGUAUUUCGAUCCACGAAGAUAUUCACUAUUUAAUUAUGGAAUAUGCGGAUGGCGGAUCAUUGUUUAACUUUUUGCAUAAGGUACCACGCUUGGAGUAUUCAUUGAAUCACGUUAUUAACUGGGCCCUCCAGGCCGCCAAAGGUGCUGCCUAUCUGCACUCUAUGACUCCCCAUAGUGUGAUUCAUCGCGACCUUAAGCCGCACAAUAUGUUAUUGCAUGACAAACGCAGCUGCCUAAAAAUAUGUGAUUUCGGAACUGUACGAUACAUGAGUAGUAUGAUGACCAAAAAUAGUGGUACCGCCGCUUAUAUGGCACCAGAGGUUUUCAAUGGUGAAAGGUACACCACCAAAUGUGAUGUAUUCAGUUGGUCCAUUACCAUGUGGGAACUGCAAUCCCGUAAAGUCCCCUAUGAAGCGAUAAGCCCUGAGUUAGCAGUAUGCCAAAAAGUCGACAAAGAAGGCUUACGUCCACCUAUGAGUCAGUUAAUAUUUGACUGCCCCGAAGACAUACAAAAAUUGAUGACCGACGGUUGGCAAGCAGAUCCUAACAAGCGACCAUCUAUGAACGAUAUUAUUGAAGUCUUAAACAAAUAUCCAAUUGAUGUUGAUCAAUUAAAACUCUAAAUUAUGAA